ACCUCGAAAAGGGUUUAAUAACCAUAAAAACACAUUUUAUAUCGUUUGGUUGAGCCUUGUGUGUUCUGUCAUGAUGGUGUCUAAUUAAAUCAUACUAGCUCUACAGAUUGUAUUCUCUUACAAAAAGACGGUGCAGACCUGUACUUUUCUACUUCACUGUAGUGGUAACCAAGGGUACAUCAUGUAGCACUUUCAGUGUGUAUCUACCUCCAUUUUACCUAGAAAGGUGCAUGAAGGUGUACACGACAAUAAUUAUGAACCUUGAAUCAUUUUUAAAGGUAUCCUACAUUCACAUGUUCGGUAUAGAUAGACACUAAAGGUACACAAGGUGUAAAACGAGCAAGGAGGUACUGAGGUGCUGCGUUUCAAAGAGUGUAGGGUACUUCUGUCACAUUUUAACGGCUGCUAUUGAAGACCCGCCCACAGUUUAAUCUGAUUGGUCGGCUUAAAGUCGAUCACCUGACCACUUUCUUUUAAACAACUCCGACGCUCACGUGAAGACGAGGAACUUUUUAUAUAUAAAUAUAUAAAGAAACUGAGCCGGAUAAUUUUAAGAGACGCACAGUAUUUUUUUAGUUGCUCAAUACAUUUUGCUUUGUUGUUGUUGUUGUUGUCCCUGGCAGCGAUGAGUAAACUAAUCCCAGCUCAAGAAGCAGCCAAGAUCUACCACACCAACUAUGUGAGAAACGCCAGAGCCAUCGGUGUGCUCUGGAUCAUCUUCACCAUCUGCUUUGCCAUCAUCACCAUGGUGGUGUUCAUUCAGCCCUACUGGAUCGGGGACAGUGUGGACACCCCGCAGUCUGGAUACUUCGGUCUGUUCCACUACUGCAUCGGAAACCCCAUCACAGGAGAGCUGGUGUGUAAAGGAAGCGCUCUGGAUUUCGGAUCCAUUCCUUCUGGAGCCUUUAAGACGGCCAUGUUCUUCGUGGGGAUUUCAUUCCUGCUGGUUGUGGGCACCAUCGGAUGCUUCGGGCUCUUCUUCUUCUGUAACGCCGGCAGUGUGUAUAAGAUCUGUGCGUGGAUGCAGCUGGCCGCCGCUACCUGUAUGGUCAUAGGCUGUAUGAUCUACCCAGACGGCUGGGACUCGGAGGAGGUGAAGCGCAUGUGUGGACAGCGCACGGAUAAGUACACGCUGGGGAACUGCACGGUGCGCUGGGCUUACAUCCUGGCCAUCAUCAGCAUCAUGGACUCCCUCGUCCUCUCCUUCCUUGCCUUUGUACUGGGCAACCGACAGGACAAACUGCUGCCAGAGGACUUCCAGGUGGGGGAGAACACAGGUAAGAUGACAAGCUAUUUCUAUACAUACACACACACAAGGUUAAAUCCAUCUAAAAGUUCUACCUAGAACCCUAUCAGGGUUUCUCCAUUCCAUUUAGGACGCGAAUAAUCCUUCGCUAUCCAAAAAACCCUUAAGGAAACCUUUUGUCGAAGACAAAUUGAAUUCUCAAUUCUGAUUGGUUAGAAGGUCUUAGAAGAGCAGCUCUGACAGUAGUUCUGGCUGCGAGGCAAACAACAGGUUCAUACUGAUGCUCAUUCGAAUACUUUCUUGUUUCUAUAGUAACAAUUUACACAGGCACUUGUAUGGCAGAUGUACCACAUAAACAGAUAAAAAUAACUUGUGUAAUUGUUUAUAAGAUGAAGUUUUCUGUGAGAUGGAACUUGUUUCGCAGGCAUUCCAUACCAUUAAAUGUAACUAUAAACUGGAUUUUAAAAAAAGUGUAAUGAGCUCCUCUUUAAUAAAUUAAACCGUAUAUAAUGAAAAUAUAAUUAUUAGCUAAGAAAGAGAGGAAAAAAGUCCAGUCUUUGAUAUUAACCAGUGAUAUGCACAAGGGCCCAUAUUGUACUGCUGUAUUCUCAAGCACAGUUUGGGCCUCCCACGUUUUCUACUGUAUCUUCUAAGAAGCAAGCUCAAGCCAAAUGCAAUGACCUUCACUUUGAAGCAAACUUCAGUUCAUCUGGUUUCUAAGCAACGCAAUAUUAAAAUAGGCAGUUGGGUAACUGUUUGUUUCUUGAGUCGCGUGAGACAGCAGUGUGUUGAAAGUACGACUCUGCUGAGGUUGCAUGUAGACUUGUAAGUUUUUCUGGACUUACAGAUUGUCAGAUUUGAUACACAACUGUCUCUUUCAAUUUCAGAACAAGCAUGAAGCCUCUGAUCUCCUCCUGUAUUUACGGAACUGUGAACAUUUCACCGAAACAUCUUUGAGCAUUUUCCCUCUAUGGAUUUUCUACGUCUGGAUUUUCUUCCACUGUUAAUUAAGGGAAGGACUUUUAAUAUUAUUGACAUACCACUUUUGUACUGUAGAGUCUUUAUACUUUAUCUGAUCCACACUUAGUCUUGAAGAACAUAUUCAGCUGCUUAUUAUGUAUA